UGCUGAAGUAGUGAGUGACGUGUGUGUGCGUGUGAUAGGUGCUGCAGAAUGGCCAAGAUGCUGAGUAUACUGCUGCAGAAAAGCGACCCAUCCUACCCGUGGGGCUUCACAAUACAAGGAGGAGGUCAACAGGACGACACGCCGCUGGUCAUACACCAGGUGACGCCCGGGUCAUUGGCCGCGCAGUACCUGGCUCCUGGAGAUACGAUUCUGCAGAUAGAGAAGAUGGACACGAGGCUGCUGCACAUCUCCCAGGUAGAGGCUCUGAUAAUUCAGCCCGGCAAGUGUCUGGACCUGUUGGUGCUCAAGGGUGACUCUCCAAACACAUUCCCGCGUACCCCUACUUCACCCAGUCCUCGCUCUACGUACAACAGCGACUCCUCUCCUGGCCAUUACCCCACAUACAGCAGCGACUCUGGGUCAGCCAGUGGAGGCUCCACGGGGUGCGGCCGUGAUCUGCGAAGGCGCAAGCAGCACUACUGGGAGCGCAUUAGCAAAGAGGACAGAGACUUUUCGAAAGAAGGGUUCACUAAGUUGGAAAGUGGAGCCAAUAGUCCGUUCAAACAUAGGCCAGUGUUUGGUAACUGGAGAAGAUGCCUGUCCGAAGAAAAGACCUGCCCUAAGUAUGAAGACAUCUCCUUAUCGUACGAUUUGGACUCCAGUUCCUACUCAAAUAGAAUACAAAGUGUUUGGAGCCCCAACCCCGAUCGGUCGAGAACGCCGACUUCCGAUUUCUGGCCGAGAGACGAAAAACUGAACUUAACUAACGAUCGACAAGGAGAUAUCACGUUUUGGGAAUACGAUUCUUCAAAAACGCAAAUCAGUGAGCCAAAGUCAAGCUUUAACAGAAGUUACAGGAGGCAUCACUCUGAUUUCAGUCACGGAUACUCAUCACUUUCCUCGGAAUAUGCAGCGACUCCGAAAUCGGAAUUUGACUCAGGUAGAGAAUCGCCACUCGAUUCUCAUCAUUUUUUCAUGAAGAAACCAUCGGACUUUUGGGGAGACCAUUAUAGAGACGAGCAGAACCGAAUCCGACUUAGAGGUGUAACCUCUCCCACAAGUAGUAUGGACAGUGUUUGGAAAAACUCCAAUGUUGUGUCAAAAACCGAAUUCAAAAAGAGUACUUCUGUGAAACAGACAUCGUACUCGAGCAAAGAAGGUGCAAAGUCUUUUGAAACGGUUGAACACGUCAACAAAACUAAAGAAACGGAGAAGUCUUCAAAGAUUGUGGAAGGUGGAAAAGAAGAAGUGAUUGAGAAAACGAAGAAGAACAAAGAGUACAUUUUAGCUAACAAAGACGAUGUCAACGGCCAACCAAUAGAGACGAAGAAGGUGAUAAACGAUUUCAAAAGUAUCGAGAAAGUAAUGGACGGUGAAAAUGAGUUUUGUAAUAAAAUCAAAGAGCAUAAUGAAGAAGUUGUGAACUCGAACACUCCAGUCAACUUCUACGAUAACGUUCAGCAGCACGUGGAUGCUAUUAGCCCCAUAGUACAGGCAGCAGAGUGGUGUGAUCAUAAAACCAAAAGUCACAAGCAGGUGAGCCAAGUGAAAAGCGACGAUACCCUCAACAUCCCUGAUGAUAACGUAGACUGCUCGCCGUUCCAGGCAAAUGAUCAGAGCCAGAUGCGAUGGACGAGUUCUACUCCUUUAUCUGAUGGCCAUUUUGACGAAGGCUUCAUAUACGAACAAGAGGAGCCUUUAAUGGAAAGUUACUUCGAGGUAGACAUUCGUUCACCCAUCGAGAUGGAGGUGGUCUUUCCUUCAGGAGUGGAGGAAAUAAGAAGACAAUCGAGCCAGAUAUCAGGAGGAGGCAGCCCCAUUCCAGUCUCCCCACAAGGAGACAACCAGGCGCCACCGCCACCACCACCACCUCCUCCCUCGGCUGGGUACCCUGCCCCGCCUCCCCCGCCACCACCAGGACUGCCUGGGAACAUCCCUGCUGUGCGACUCAACACCGAGAUUCCUGAGAAGAGACGUUCAGCGUAUGAGCCUCCAGCUGCCAUACAAAACGCAAUGAUGACCAAAGAUAAGAAGCCAUUCACAUACACACCAGGAGGUCUGGAUCUGUCAGAGAUCAGGUCUCCGCGAAUGGCAAGGAGGAUCAACCGCAACGCUAAUACCCCCGAUAUGGCCCCACUACCACAACAGUCCAGACCAACGUCAGUGCCCAGUGGCCCACUCCCUCCGUCAGCUAUGGCUGCCAUGCAGCCUCAGAUAGCCAUCCCUGUACUGCCUCAAGGCGGGGCAGUCCCUCACCUUCACCAUGUAGCUGGACCGCCACCUCCUCCACCCCCACCACAAGCCAUGCAUUCUCCUCCCUCGCCUCCGCAACCUGUGUCUCCCCAGAAAGUGAUAAAUCGUCAACCGUCCCCACCGCCAAUGGCCGUGCCAAAAAUGCAACCUCAACACAGACACACAAAAAGUGAACCUCAAACAUCGACUGCUGGUAGUAUAUACGUCCCUCCUAUAGAAGCCCAGCAGCCGAGGGCUCAACUAGGAUCCUUGUAUAUUCCUCCUAUUGCCCCGCAAGAGACAAUAAAGCCCCAGUCACCUGUCAGUCAACUCAAUAAGGCCCCGACUCCUUGGAUGUCUCGACAGAACCAGCAGACACCAAAAGAGGUCCCUCCCUGGGUGAACAGGGAAACCGUUACUAGUCCUCCACCAAACCAAAACCAGCAACCUAGAGUCAUCCCUGUCCAAAGUCCUCCUCCAAGCCAACACCCUCAGCAGCCCCAAACCAGGAUCAUCCCUAUCCAGAUUGAAGGCAAAGAGCCAGCAAAAUCGAAUGAGAGAAUAAUACCCAUUCAACUAGAGGGUACUCCAUCUCCUCAACCAUCUCAAGCUCCAUACUACAACCAACCUCCCAGCUACCAGCAACAGCAAUACCAACCACCACAAUAUCAACAACAGCAGCAGCAACAGUACCAACAGCAGCCACAACAGCAGUAUCAACAACAACAACAGCAACAAUACCAACAACAACAAUACCAACAGCCAAACUCUGGACGGCAGACCCCUGGGACUCCCCGAUGGGUGAAUCAACAGCCUGUUUAUCAACACAACAAGUUCAACUCUGGUUCUCAAUCACCUGUGACUGUGGAGCAGAACAACGGUAGCAGUCAGCCCCGGCCCAGCUGGUGCCACUCACAGACAAAUGGCUCUCAAUCACCUGCACCUGUUCAGUCCCAAUCCUUCAAGGUGCUACAGAAAAUCACUGGAACUGAUGGAGCCGACCAGAACGACGCUCCGUACAACAGCCAGGGAGUUCCACUGAGUCAGCUGCGUAAACUACAGCUUUCUGAUGAUGAUCGGGCUCUGAUGGACAAAGUCAAGUCUCAAGUUGAUGAUGAAACUUACCUUCACAACGAGUCAGAUCCGAGGUACCGAGGUUCUGCCAUACCUUCUAGAGCCUUCCGGAUACUUCAGAACAUGACGGAUGGCACUGGCGGCGAAGAGAGUAUGGUGCCUCAGGCCUACAGUCCAGUGCAGGGAGGCCAGAACAGGCUUGCCAAUAGAACUCCUCAGCCUCAGGCAUCAGAUGCACCCCCGCAGUAUGUGCCCCCCUCCGAGCAGCAAGCCGCGGAACCCCGCAAGUACACUGGUGGAGCCAUCCCUUCUCGCUCCUUCCGAAUGUUACAAGCUAUGACAGCUGGUAACGACCCCUCAGAUCGACCUGGGGAAUCCGAGUUCUGAUUGCUGUGUGAGACUUAGUUCAGUGACAACCGCUACAGCUACCACAUAACUCAUCAACAACCAGUGUGAUAUUCUCAUCCAGCUGAGCUUUAUAGUUUAUCUUCAAAUGACAUUUUCAUUAUUUAUUCUAUUUUAUGAGGACUGUAUUUAAUUUUUAGUUCGUCUGAAAUAUCGCUAGGUAUCAUUUUACAGAUAUGAGGACUUGUAACAAAUUAGAAUAGUGCCAAUCGUUGCAUUUUUUGUCAUUAAAUUAUUUACUAUAAACUUGUUUUGAUGUUUUGUGUGCUGCGUUUUAUAUUUCUGUAAAUCUUGUACUAUUUUCACCUUUUUGUAAUUUUUUACUCAUUUUGUAUUUGUAUAAGUACAAUUUGCACCGUUUGGUGUAGUCUAUAUAUUUAACUUCAUUUUGACAGAUAUUUAAAAGUUCAGUAUAUAGUGCAAUGUAUUUGUUUACAAACCUACCAAUUUACCUGCUAAUUUAUGAGUUUGUGAGGUUUUAUUUUGAUUUAAACUAACCAUGCUUCACUAUUUUGAGUAUUGUGUCCAUGUUAAUCCCUCUACUAUUCAACUUUUCUAACACGUUCACUGCUACAAAUAAUAUAACAAAAAUCACCCAUGCUAAUAAUUUCCAAUUAUUUACUAUUGUUCAUAAAGUGGCACAGUGAGUCAAAACGAUAACAAAGGAUGGUGAGGGGAGGUAACGGAGUAGUGAUUGAGGCAUAGUAAGAUACAUCAAACCGCUUGAGAAUCCUAAUCUCCAACUGGCAUUUUUAGUUUUUACCAAAGCCUAAGCUAUGUUUUUAAAAUUAUUUUUGUUCAUAAAUUCUUUGGGUUUAGAGCAUCGCGGUAUUCCGAUGAAUAAGGGUGUUAUAAAUAGUUCUUAGUGAAGAUGAAAUUUCAUUAUUUUGCUGUAGUAAUAGGCCUACUGUUAUUUUGUCUAUUGCCAAAUAUUCUACAUAUUUAUAUGAUUUAUUAAACUUUAACCACCCCAUGCUUUGGCUUGACUGCCAAGUUAGCUGCAUGAUGUUUCUUCUUCCUAAAUUGAGGAAUAACAAAUAAGAACCAUACAAAUAAAAGCCACGUCUUUCUCAUAACUAUAGAGGUAUCUUUUACAUUAACCAAAUUAAAAUGAUAAUUUAUUAAAAUUAUAACCUCAUCUGAUGUUUUAGGUAUCUUGAUAAUAGCUGGAAUACAAUUUGUUGUACUAGUACUUUAACUUGUCCAAACCAGCACAUAAAACAUCAGACAAUUUAUAUAAUAUCAAAGAUGCUAUAUUUUUCAUUGAAGAUCCGAAUUUUUAGUUUAUAUAAUACCGUACUGUACCACAUGUAUAAUAAUGUAAACUUUAAUAUGUGUAUAUUUAUUGUUGCGAUUUCAUUGUUUUAGUAGAACCUUCAGGGUUUUUAGGACGAUCAUAUUUGUACUCAGUAGCGUUUCAUGCUAUGAAUGAGUUGGUUCUACUCUACAGUUAUAUUUUUAUGUUUUUGAUUCACCACAGAAUUAUUUUAAAGAAAUAAAUUUGUUUUUGUGUUAA